GCGGAAGGCGGGGACGGCGGCGACGGCGGCGACGGCGGCGACGGUGGCAGAAGCGGACCCUGACACUGGAGAACCUAGAGUCGGUCAUGAACUUCUCCGGGGCCGCGGCUGUGGUGGAGGACAUAACCGUGUCGCCGCGCCCCUGCUAGAGGACAGAUAUAACAUCAUGGCGGGGAGGAAUCAGAAUCGGGCGAUUUCCCUCCCAGGGAUUCAAGCCAGUGGCCAAGUACAUACUUUUGGUAAUUGUACAGACAAUGACAUGUUGGAAGAAGAUGCUGAAGUCUACGAACUUCGGUCCAGGGGAAAGGAGAAGGUUCGAAGAAGCACGUCGAGAGAUAGACUUGAUGACAUUGUUAUAUUAACAAAAGAUAUCCAGGAAGGAGACACUCUAAAUGCAGUAGCCCUUCAGUACUGCUGUACGGUAGCAGAUAUCAAAAGAGUUAACAAUCUCAUCAGUGAUCAAGACUUUUUUGCUCUUAGGUCUAUCAAAAUUCCAGUUAAAAGGUUUAGUUCUUUGACUGAAACUCUUCAUCCUCUGAAAGGAAGACAAGUUUUGCAUCCUCCACCUGUUCCAUAUUUUCAAGAGCAAGACAUUGUGCCAGCUGAUGACUCCCUUUCUUCCAGUGAGUCAGCUGGCAGUUUCCUAAAAGAAGUGGACCGUGACAUAGAAGAAAUAGUCAAGUGUACAGACACCAAGAAGGAGAACCUGAAUGAAGUCGUGUCUGCCUUAACUGCACAACAGGUCCGAUUUGAACCCGAUAACAAAAGCAUUCACCGAAAGGAUCCGUAUUACGGAGCAGACUGGGGGAUUGGUUGGUGGACAGCUGUAGUGAUAAUGUUGAUAGUGGGUAUAAUAACACCAGUGUUUUAUUUGCUGUAUUAUGAAAUUUUAGCUAAAGUGGACGUUAGUCACCAUUCAACAGUGGGUUCUUCACACUUGCAUCCAGGACUCACACCUCCAUCACAGCACAGAGAGAUGGAAAAUGGAAUUGGUCCAACAAAAGGAAUACCUGUUGGUCAACAAGAUGACCACAAACUCUAUAGGCAAGACCCUCAGGCACAUGAUGCUCAACACAAAACGUAACAGUGAGCUGCGAUCAGUGUUAGUGGUUAUGUGUGCAUAUGGAAUAUGGUGACUCAAAUAUAUCCUACAACUGCUUUGAAGUCAUAAUCUAGGACAUCAAAGAUGGUUUGUUUUUACCUUUCUAAAUAUUCCUGAAUUUUUUACAAAUGGACUGUCUAUGACACCUGCAUAUGCUAUAUUGAGACUGGUCAGUCCAUACACCUGCUAUAUCAGGUCUUAAAGCAGAAAGAAUUUAAAUGUAUGUCUAGGAAUUCUAACUUAGAAGAUGCUGUCAUUUUUUUAUUCAAGAUUAGUUAUGUUUAAAUUUUAACUUUUAAAAGAUUACCUUUUAGUUUAAGGUUGUUCAUGUCAAGGAUUCCAAAUGCUUACAACUGAAGAAAAUUUGAUACCAUACUUAUCACCAAAAUACUAAUUGUAAAAGUUUUAAUUCUAAAAUUAUUCCUGACACCAAGUACUUAACACUUAAAUUUGAAACUUUAAAAAUAUGUUAAGCAUAUGUGCUAUGGAAGCAAAUGUAGAAACAGAUAUGGAAACAUAGUUUAUAAUUUGUAUAAUACAGGCUAAGAAAUAGAUUUUAAGAAAUAGAUAUUUUGAGGCAGAGGCAGGCGGAUUUC